GACAGGCUGGCAAGCGAGCAAGGAGUUGGUGACCUCCUUUUUCUCUGCUUGUUUUAUACAAAUUUAUAACAGACUCUAAGAACUAGUUGAUAACAAUGGAAAACGACCAGGGUGUUAUUGUUGACCUUUACAUUCCCCGCAAGUGCUCGGCCACUAACCGCCUCAUUGGCUCUAAGGACCACGCUUCGAUCCAGAUCAACAUCGCCGAUGUCGAUGAGUCUGGCCGCAUUACUGGCACCAACAAGACCUACGCCAUCUGCGGUGCUGUCCGUGCCCGCGCCGAGGGCGAUGACUCGCUCAACCGCGUUAGCAGCAAGGACGGUUACCUGAAGAACGUCUGGAGCUACCAGAAGUAAGAAGAGCAUAGUCCCCCUUUAUCCAUGGGAGAAGCUUUUGAACUUUUGUAGUGUUGCUUUUUUGCACUUGCUUUGUCUUUUCCUUGCUGUUUUUUUUAUUGCGGCAAGAAGGGACGGCGGCGUUUUUGUUGUGGACCCAUUUUCAACUUUUCUAUAUUUGCAAAAAAUACAAUUGAAUCGCCUUCUUUUUU